AUGGAGUGCGGUUUAAUCGAGACCAGUAGAAAACCACGCGGUGACCAGGUGAAAGAAAAGAGUAACCGAGAAGAUCUGAAAACCGAUAUACAGCACAGAAAAGAAACAUUUUACAGGGAGGCCCCUUCGGACGAGGACUCUGCGGUGUCCUCUGCACCCGUCUCUCUCUCGCCGCAGCCGCACAGCGACAUGUGGUCGUGCGGCGAGUGCCGCUCGGCGGCGGAGCGCGCUGCGGCCGCUGCGCGCGAGUGCACGCGCCUCGCGGACGCCCUGCGCGACGCGCGCGACCAGCUCGAGCUGAUGGAGUUCCGGCUGCUGGAGUUGGAGGACGCGCACCCGGAGAAGGGCGCUAGGGACAACCUAACCGACACCGACUCGGGCUGCGUGUCCCCCGGCUCGAGGAUAAAGGACUCCGCUUCGCCGGAGCUCAAGCGGAUGGACUCUGGGUACAAGUCGCCCCAGGUGCCGAGCAGCCCGUGCAACCAGCGGCGGCACCUGGCGACGCCCCACGACGACUUCAAGGAGGACUUCGCCAAGGCGCAGGCCCUAGCCGAGGUCCUGGACAGGAACUCUGAUGCCAGCGACUCGUUGAGGAGCAACCCGGUGAAGGAGCACCUGGAGCAGAUGAUACUGAACGCCGCCACGGCCGAGGACAGGGGCUGCCUGGAGCAGGUGUUGGUGCUGCUGUAUAAUUAUCAAGCGCUGAGCAGUUCCGUGAGCGAGGACGAAUGCUAUCAGACCAAACCGAGGAGAAUAUGCGAUCUGAGAUCGAAACUUGAGACCGACUUCUCGUCGCACAAAACCCAAAAGGCGAUAGCGACCGUCACACCGUACCAACAGAAGGGCUACAAGAGUGAGUCGCUCGAGAGCCUUUGCGUUGAAGAUAGGAAACCCAUAAAUCUACUACAGGAGAGCGGUAUAUUCGAAGAGGUUGAAACAGAAUGCAGAAGCACACAAACGGACGUCAACGAUAGCUUCGAGUGUACCGGAGAACUGAACACCGAGAUACAACGACUGAAUAGCAUAAGGGAGAAGUUGGAGAGACAGGGAGUUAGGAAUAGGACGUUGAGCGCUAAAGACGACGCAGAGGGUCUAGAGUGCAGAUGCGUGAAGUUGGGCAAGAAGCACAAACAGUAUUACGAGAGGCGGUUGAAGUUCCUCGAGGGCAAGAUAUCGAUCUACGAGGCGGCGCAGGACGUGAAAGAAGCGAAGCUAGCGCAAAGGCUGCAGAAGGAGUUCCUGCUUGAAAACAGAAUACAGGACUUGGAGACUCAGCUCGCCGAGCUCCAGGACAAGUACGAGAGGCUAGAGGAGGAGUGUUGCGAGUUGGAGGAGAUCGAGAAUGACACUCGCCUGCAUUGGCAGCAGCUAGAGAUGGACUAUGAGCUGUGCACGGCUCAAUUGAGAGAUAUGACGGAGCAGCGCGAGUGCUCACGGGCGCAGGCCGAGCGACUCAUGGCGGAGCUGAACAAGCGGGAGUGCACCUUAAAGGCGAGGGAGAAUGAAUUGCUGUCGAGGCUUGAGGGUUUGGAAAGGGCGGUGCCGGCUUUGAUAGUCUGGAAUGUUAUAAAAGCGGUUGGCGCCCAUGUCUCUCCCGGAGGCAAGCGUAUCAUCACGUCGCGGCUGGGCCCCUACGGGCAGGACGCGAAAGGGACAGUUGCGCUCCAUCGGGCUCCCUCUAACACUUGCGGGGCGCUCGUGGCCUACAGAAACCUGAACGCAGUACCAGACUCCACUAUGAGGCAGCUGGAGAAACAAGUCGUCCACUUAUUGGCUGAGAAGAGUGAAAUGGAAUUGAAAGCGAAGAACUUAAAGAAGACGUUGGAGGCGAGAGUCAAGCAUUUGGAAGAGGAACUGGAGUCUGCGAAGAGACAGGUGGCGGCCGCAGAAUGCGGAGCAGAAGUAAAAAGAGAGAAGAUAGAAGAGAAGAUCAACGAGCUGGAAAAUAAGAUCAGAAUCGAGAAGGAAGAGGGGAGCAAGCCCGCCGACCCGGCGACCAGUGACAGGAUCAAGGUGCUGAUGGCCAACGAGCAGGAUCUGAAAGCGCGCAUCGCCGAACUGGAGAGGCGGGAGGCUGCAUAUCUGGAGAUGCUGACGCAAGCGGACGAGAUGUGGGCCGAGAUGGAGGGCGGCUACAAGAAGAGGAUACAGGAGUCUCAGAGCACGGAGACGCAUCUGAGGGGAUUGGUGAAGAAACUGGAGACGGAGAGGGAUCAGUGGAGGAAGUGGACGGAGCCGCUGAAGAAGAAGCUUCGCGAGGUCGAGGAGUCGGAGUCGGGGAUGAGGAUAGCGUUGGAGAAGGCGGAGAGGGAUGCGAAAGCCCUGAGGGAGAAUAACAACGACCUCGCCGCCAUUUGCGGAAGGGCGGAGGCGGACGCUAGGAAGUCCGAGGCGGCGUUCAAGGCGCUCGAAGCCAAGUUCAAGAAGGAGAUUGAACACCUGCGCAGGAUGAACAAGCAGCUGGACGAGGAUCUGAAGAGCAACAAAGAGAUAUCCCGAAAGACCGAGAUGAACUUCAUCGGAGACCUGGAAUCCAUAAGGAAAGAGCUGAGCAGGGCCUGCAAGAACAAUCAAGAACUUGAAGUGACGAAUGGAGAACUGAAGGAAGAGGUGGAAUCGCUGGAGAGGCAGCUGGCGCUCACGCAGAAGGCACUGAGCCAGUGCAAGAGGCGGUGCGACGACAAACUGAAGACGCUCAGCCACGAGCUGUCGAUAAAGACCGAGGAGCUAGAGGAGAUCAGGAGCGAGUCGAUGCGCAAAUCGCUGAGGUCCUCCCGCGUGGACCUAAUACCGGACAGGACCGAGUACGUGGACGAGGGCUACUCGGUGUACACGGCGCCCAAGGACCAGUCGAGGAUGCACCACAGCAUGAGUUAUAUAGCGUCCGGCUCGCGCUGCAGCUGCCCCACGCUGCGCAGCCAGCUCGUCGGCCAGCUGAUCGAGGACCUGUUCGACCGGUCGCACAGCGCCGCCGGCGACGAGCUUGUCGCGCUGUGCGACGAGCUCGCCGCCGGCGACGAGGCUGACGCGAGGGCGAAGAUCACCAACCACCUCCUGAUGGCGAUCUCUAAGGAGCUCAUCAGGUCGAUCGGGGACGCCGACGCGAAGACGGAGACCGAGGAAUGGCGGCGCGCGGUGACGUCAUUUUCGGGGAGCGGGUCCGCGGCGGGGGGUGGGGGGAGGUUGUCGGGCAACGCGGGGGUACUUCAGGGCGCGUCCAGGCUGGCGAGCGUCAGUUGCGCGUGCGCCGCCGCUCGCCUCUGUGCCGCCAUUCCAAAUCUCGCGGACACCGUCAACGUCUGCCAAGAGGAAGUUUUGGAGCAUGGCGACGUUAAAAUAAUGGAGGAGCAAUUAGCGAAUGCUAUUGAAAGCAUUGUUAAUUGUCCAUCUUUUGUGCGAAUUGUUGUGUUUACCUCCACCGACCUCAAUCUGGUGCCUUCG